AUGCGUGAGCAUAGAUCAGCCUCUGUUCACGUUCACAAUCCAUUAUUUGAGAUUAGAAAUAUUAAUGGUGGAACUGGAACUAUUGAAGUUAGAACUUUCGCUGGAUUGGCCAUAUCAAAAAUUCCUCAGAAAAAGGAUGAAUAUAAUGAAAGUGACGAGAUAGAUGAUUUCUUUAACAGUUCCUCUGAAAAAAAAUCGUCCAAUCUGUUUUUGCAAGAAAUAGACAACUCAACUAAGAAACCGCGAAAAUUAAGCAAUGGACAAGGCAUUUCUAACAAAGCGGACAACGAGAAAGACGAGGCUGAAGCACAAGACUCCACUUUUAUAUCUGAAGAGGAUGAUGAUUCGUUUACUUCUGAGGAUUAUGGUGAUCCAGAUUACAUACAAAGCGAUAUCGAAGGUCAAAAUCCUCAAUCAUUGUUAAUAUCAUCACAGCUUGAAAAUUUUCUGGAAUCCUACAAAAAAAUGAAUGUAGCUCAUAAAUGGGUUCUCUCUUCUGGGAAGUGUGUUGAGGAUACUUUUUUUAAACAUUGUGAGCGACUGCCAGUUGAAUCACUUCUACAUUCAUGGAAUGGAAUGAAAUCCAGUAUGCAGUCAAAAUUACCAGAGGUUGAUCGUGCCUUUGCAAAUUCUAUGAUGCGAUUUUCAGAUCGAUAUUGUUACAAAGAUUUAAUGACAUAUAUUCCAUUUACUACAAGUCUUACAUAUUAUGAAGACCCUAAUGAAAUACUGCAAAAGCAACAUCUCAAAGCCUGUCUCAGUGAUAUGAUUGGAAUGGAAACUAAAAGAAUCAUCAAGUGUAGCGGUAGCUACAAGGAAAAACAGAAAGAGAGUAUGUACGCAUCGCAAAAAGCCAGAAUGUAG